AUGGACGGGGAGUGUUCGGAACCUUUUGUUUCUCCCAAGAAUGUCAGAUCUGUGAAAACAGUGAGUUCAUAAAUUCAGCUAUAGGUUAUAAAAUAAUUUGCAUAUAUGAAUUUAGGUUUUAAUUUCGACAGCCGUUAUUCUUGGGGUCUCCUUCUCCUGGACUUUGGCUUCCCAGCUCACAAAGUCUUGCUUCCACGAUGAUUUCCACGCUCCGUUCUUCAUUGUCUGGUUCAACACCAACUUUAUGAUGUUAUGUUAUCCGUGUUAUCUUCUGUUUUCAAUUGGAAAAUCAUGGGGAAAAAUAAAAACGGAGACUUUCGACAAAGAAAACGCAAAUCAAAGAUCAUUGUAAGGUAAACUUGAGUCAUUUGUAUGAAACUGGCCUUUAAUCGUCGUUUAAGUUACUGUUUAGACAUGUGAUUACAAUUGCUUUUAUACUUUAUACAUUGUGGACCUCGGCCAAUGUUUUGUUCAGUUUUUCCCUGGGGCGACUUUCAGCUUCGGCUUCAACUUCCCUUAUCAGCUCCAAUGUUUUCAUGGUAUUUAUUUUGAGCAGAGUAUUUCUAAAUGAAGAAUAUACUCUCAGAAAGGUAAAUCAAUGGGAAGGUACUAUUUACGAUGGCUAAAACAUCAGAAAACAGCUUUAAGAGAUUACAAUUUACUUGAUAACGCAGAGGAAUUGUGACAUUUAAAAGUAUUUCAGACAUUGUCGACAGCUCUGGCAGUGAUUGGCGUUGUAAUCAUUUCUUGUGAUAAGGAGUUUGCAGGCGAUCUUCUGGGGAUGGUGUCAAUCAUAUUCGCCGCUUUCUUCGCCUCUCUAUACAGGGUAAGCAACCUCAUCAUAAAUGUUGCAUCAUUUUUGCAAUUUUUGUAUUGAUAAUCAAGGGCGCUGAUACAAAAAUUUCAGGUGAUAUUCAAGAAGGUUGUGGGAAAUGCUCGUCUCGGAAGGGUUUCUUUUGUCUUAUCCUUGCUCGGAUUUUUGAAUCUGAUCUUGAAUGUAAUCCCAGUGAUAUUACUGUACAUAUUAAAUGUGGAGAUUAUAAAUUUACACAAGAUCCCUUGGUAUUACGUAAUCGGAAGUGCUCUUCUCAACAUGAGUAAUAUAAAACACCUAAAAUAACUUAUUUUUUAGCCUACAACUUUGUUGUGAACUUCUCCAUCGCCUUAAUUACUCCAUUAUUUGUAACGAUCGGUGCUUUAUUUGGAAUUCCACUUAAUAUGAGUAAGUUAAGCAAAUCACUGAACAUAAAUCCUUGUUAUUUUAGUAAUAGACAUCCUAUUUAAUGGAAUGCAGAUCAGUUAUGGCUUUAUAAUUGGCUCGGCUUUAAUUUUGACGUCAUUAAUCAUCAAUCUGAAUCUCAAUUCGCUCGAAAAAUAG